CUAAGCCGAAAUGAGAUCAGGUGACCUCACCUUAGAUAAGCUUACAUAACAAUCACCUUAUUAAUUGGUGAUUGGAAAUUAAUUAAUUAGUGAUUUGAGUUGAUUAUGUGUUAGCAGUGAACUUGUUUGCUCUUUAAUCUUGAUUGAGAUUAAUUGGCAACGAUUCGAAUCGUGAACAUUUAAUAAUCAUCACCGUGGUUUUUGUUUGGGAAGAGGAGGAAGAGUUAAUUUUUUUUCUCUUUUCUUUUUCUCUUACAUUGUAACUUCUAUUCUCUCUCACUUGCUGAUAUUCUUCUUUACCAUUCACUCAACUCGUGUUUCUCUUUUCUCUUUCUUCCUCUUUCUUUUUCCUUCUUUUCAUCAUUAAAACCCCUCCGAUGUCUUUGUUUUGUCAGAUCUUCAUAGUGGUUUGAAGAUUUAAAUCAACUUUUUUUCUCUCCCUUUUUUUCGCUCUCUCACUAUUCCUCUUCCAUUUUCUCGUCAUCUUCAUCAUUCUUGUUCUUUUAAACAUCAUCAUCAUUUUUUGGUCAUAAAAAACUGAUCAUCUGUAAAUCAAUUUGGAUUCAGUUUUUCUCUACAAUUAGUGUUGUUUGAUUCCAUUCUUUACUUUUUAAAAAUCUCGAAAAUCAUCAACCUUUUCCAUUUUCUCUAGAAAAGAAAAGAAAAAUUCGCUAAUGAUAAUGAAUUUCUCCAAUCUCUCGGUUAAUCAACUUAGAUGUUUGUCUUCAGGUGGAAAUCGAUCACUUUGCAAACUUGUCAUUAAAUCGUGUUUAAAUUAUCAACUACCUACCUCGUCAUUUAUCAGUAUUAGAUUAAAGCAUAACCAUGGCAAUAAUAGUAAUAACAAACACGGAGUUCAUUUCGUCAACAAAGGUGUCUCCAUAAAAUAUGCUAAUCAAUUGGAAAAAAUUAGUGAUACUAAUAACAAAAAUGACUCUGAUUCUGAACCUAAACGUUCAAGUAGAUUGUUGGUUCUAAUAGCUUGGAUUCGUGCUGCUGAGAAAAAUUUAGACAAAUAUCGUGAUAUUUAUCUGAAAAAUUAUGGUUUCGAUGUGCUAACCGUUUACACAAAUCCAAUUGAUUUUAUGUUUCCCACUUCGGGAACCCAAAAGACUGCCCAUAAUCUUGUAAAUUAUUUGGUCAAUGAAGGAACCAAAUAUUCGGACAUUGUGAUCCAUGGAUUUUCGGUUGGUGCCUACGAAUUUGGGGAAGUACUACUUAUCCUUAGUAAAGCCUUAAAAGAAAAUAAUCCAAACGUUAGUGCCUAUCAUCGUUUGGUUGACACAAUCAGAGGAAUGAUCUUUGACAGUGCUGUUGAUGUCAGCGGUGCUCCACUUGGUGUAUCACGUUCUGUUGGCGGUGAAACUUUUCUCGCCGAUUUCAUUCAACUCAUUAUGCGUUUCUAUAUGUGGUUAGCUUAUCCAAUUGCAACCAAACAUUACCAAGCAUCUUCAGCCAUGUUUCACUCUAUGUUUCUCCGAUGUCCAGCAUUACUUUUAUUCUCAAAGCAAGACGUUAUCUCCGACGCUCAGAUCAAUUUAUCCUUAGCCGCUGAAUGGUCUUCUCUUGGUAUUAAUGUAACCGUUAAAGAUUUUAAUCAUUCUCGUCAUGUUACUCAUUAUCGAAAGUAUCCCGAUGAGUACGAGAAGCAGAUUGAUGAUUUUAUCCGUAAAUUACCUUAUGCAUCACCGUUUUAGAUUAACCAUUUCAAAUUCUACAAAUUAAUAAGUGACCAAUAUUUGGAUAGCGAAGCGAAAAAACAAUCAACAAACUCAAAUCAUUCUCAAGUCAAAACCCAGAGCGAAAAUCUAAUUUACUUUUCUCUAUUCUUCUUCAACCAAAGGUCCUAGUUAUGUUAUCUCUUUAUCUCUCUCUCUCUCUCUAUCUCUUUUUUGUUUCUAGUUACUUGUCAAUUCUGAUGAUUAUCGGUUCGAUUAACAUUUACAAUUAUCAAUUGAUUGUGAAGCUUUUGAUUGCAAACAGCACUUUUCAUCUUCAUGCUGUGAUCUCAUGCAACAUUUUCUGGUGUCACUCAAUAUUCAUACUGAUAAGUUAAGAUUAGUUCAUAAUAAUUGUUACAUUCAUCGAGUGUGGUAAUGAAUGUUAACGAAUUAAUCAACUAGCAAUAUAAUAACAAAAAAAAAACAAAGUUAAUCACAUUCGAUAAUUAACAAUUUCGACUUA